CUUGUCGUAUGUUUAUAUGUAAGCAUUUCAUAUUUUCAUAAGAAAUUUUCCAGAAUUUAAAAUAUCUACAAUCCUUAUCCUCAAUGAACUACAUAUCUAAACAGGCAGACUGCGCGAAAAUAGCUUACAUGCAUUAAAAAAAUAUGAACUUAUUAAACUUAGGAUCUUAGGAACACUUUUUAAAUCCUUUUUUGUUGAACAUAACCACAAACAAAUAAUACACUGACAGUACUGACAAUUGACACUCGAAACCACAGAACGUCAAAUUAGAUUAGUUGGACCAGAUGCCUACCUAUUUUUUACAACACACGUUUUGACAGAAGCCUUCCAUUCUAUCCGAUUAAGACUUGACACGAUUUGGAACUUUAAACUAAAUGAUGGUGAAUUCUAAAAUUCCUCAUUAACUUUUGCCCACAUUUACGACCUUGUCAACCUAAUUCAUGAGCUUUUCAUGGUUUUUAGGGAUUCUAAUGUACUUGUCACGUUGAUAUUGGCUGUCCGUGUUGCCUGUUUCCUCAACGUUUUCUUGUGACGUUUUCAAGUCAAGUGACAAGUGGUAUUUAUGUGCUUUUCAUCUAUUUUGGUGUAUUAUAUUUUGGGCUUGUAUUGUGCCCUUCUAUUUUGUAGGUGGUAAUUUUUGAUUUUUAUUAUUGAAUUUGGGGUGUGUAGUCUUUUUAUAAAUAUGAAGAACGAUUCUGAAGAUGAAAAUUUUGCCCAUUUUCGCUUUUAUGAAAAGACGGGAAGAUGCGAAUUUAGCUUCUACCUUGAUGUCGAAAUACCCGAUGUUGGUGUUAUUAAAGAGGAUAUACAGGCAGCUAGACAAACUAGCGAUACAAUUUCUUCAUUGCUGAAGCAUAUUCAAAACAAAUUGAAGAAAAGUAUUCAUGACAAGUUUUCUAAAGAUGGAAUUUGUAUACCCACUUCUCUUCGAGGAAAUUAAUGGAACCUUAGAAUAAUGUAACACCCGUGGUUGUCUGUUGAAUCUCCAUGUUUCACUGUCCACCAAAUCAAAAUUGUAGAUGUAGAAUUGAAGAUUUACUAAUAUUUUGGCCACCUUGAGGAUGAUGAAGUGCAUGAUCACUUGUAUGAAAUUUUCAUACCAAUUUAGGACCACACAAGGUGUUCUCUACAAGGCACUAUGAAACUAGGUACCUUGGGAAAAUCCUUAUCUGAUGGCAAAACUGUGAUGUUUUCUAUAUGGGGCCAAGAAUACACAAUACUGUAUAAUACCCCCUUUAUUAAAGAAAUGAAAUUACUGCCUAUAUUAUUUGCUGGAUGUUCCAUAAAACCAAAGUUCUAUCCACCUUUCAUAUAUAUAAAUAUGUCCGAAUUUGUUUGGUACAAAUCUAAGGAUAAGGAGCAUUGGAGUGAAGUUGGAACAGGUUUUCAGUACUGUAUUCAAAAAGGGGAUGUUGAUCAUUAUCUUAAGCUAAAAUGUACCCCUUAUAAUUAUGUUGGAGCGAAAGGGAAUAUAUCAGAGGUUAUAUCUGAAAAUCGUGUGAUAUGCAUGGGCGAGCUUCCGAAAUGUCCUUUUGAGGAUCGGCAUAAGUUUACAAAAAAAUGGUCGAAUAAUAUGGAAUUGAGGAUAGUUACAUACAAUAUUCUAGCAGAAAGAUAUACAGCAAUUGAUGGAAAUUAUUCAUAUUGUGAACCUGUAUACUUGUCAAUGGAGUACAGGAAGCAGUUAAUUCUGAAAGAAUUACUAGGUAACAAUUCAUAUCCAAUUCAGUCAGAUUCGAUAUUUAGAUAUUUCUUGAUAGGUUAUAAGGCUGAUAUAAUAUGCCUUCAAGAAGUCGACAUUGUUCAUUAUCAUAAAUUCUUUGGUCCUAAGAUGCGAGAAAACUCAUAUUAUGGAGUAUUUCGCAAGAAAGGAAACAGACUUACAGAAGGUUUGGCAUGCUUUGUAAGGCGUAAUCGAUACAGUUUGAUGAGCUCUAGACAUCUAGUAUAUAGCCAAGAAGUAAAGAAAAAGCAAUACUCGCAUAUUUGGAAACAUUUGGCAAAAAAUAAGAAAGUUGCGGACGUCUUUCUUAAACAACAUACUUCUUUGCAAGUGGUAGUUUUGGUAUGCCCUGAACGCAUUCUAAUCGUUGCAAACACACAUUUAUACUAUCAUCCAGAUGCUAAUUCAAUCAGACUGCUACAAGCCAAUAUUGCGACGAUAUAUCUGGAUGACUUGAAGAAUUUUUAUUACAGACAAUGCAAAACGGAUGUACAUGUUAUUUUCUGCGGAGAUUUUAAUAGUGAUCACAGUAAGUCGUUAUACCCGUUCAUGAUACAAGGAAGAAUCCACCCAAAACACAAAGAUUGCUUGCAAGUUGACGAACAUGGAAAUCUAUUAUUGAAUCAUAAGUUUCACUUCACUAGUGCCUGUGGAACCCCGUUAUAUACAAACUAUACACCCGACUACAAAGGCUGUUUGGACUAUAUUUUUGUUGAAGACAAUACAAUGGAGGUUAAACAGGUGAUCCCGUUGCCUGACGAGACAGAAUUGAGUCAAUACAACGGCCUUCCCAAUAAGUAUUAUCCAUCCGAUCACGUGGCGUUGGUAGCAGAUCUAUUGAUUAACAACAGAAACUCAUGGUGAGCUGCUGAUUAUUUGUCAUGCUUAGUUCUUUUUAUAGUUUUAAAUGUUGAUAAAUUUACUAAUUCUUUACCAGACGAUUUGAUAUUAUUGACAAAUGUACAAUAAACAAUAAUUAAUAUA